GUCAGUUCUGCAGCAGGGCCAAGGCAGCCCAGCAGACAUGAACUUGGGAGGCAGCGUGAGCCUCACGCAGGGGAGCAAAUCCUGAGUCCCACCCAGUGGUUCUAGAAGAAUCAAGCCUUAAAGCACAUCUGGUUCCCUGCGUCACUUACCUGCACCCUUCCACCCUGGGGCUCAGAGUCCAGUGCCUUAGCUCAGAGGAGCUCGAAAGCAAUCAUGAGCCACACACGCUUGCUGUUGUUGCUCUGCAGCCUGGCUGGGAGCACUUGGAGCAAGGCGGCCAGUACCAACCCGAGGCUCAAGCUCUCCUUCUCAGAGUUAAAGGCUCGCCACGGGCUGCGCACCCAGGAGCUGGAACAUUCCUGCUGCUACGACACGCUGCUCUUGGAUGAGGAACGUGGCCGCCUCUUUGUAGGAGGCAAGAACCACCUGGCGUCCCUGAGUCUGGACAACAUCAGCAAGCAAGACAAGAAGAUAUACUGGCCAGCACCUGUGGAGUGGAGGGAGGAGUGCAACUGGGCUGGCAAAGACAUCAAUGCUGAGUGCAUGAAUUUCAUCAAGAUCCUGCAUCUCUACAACCGCACUCAUCUGUAUGCCUGUGGCACGGGCGCCUUCCAUCCCACCUGUGCCUUUGUGGAAGUGGGGCAGCGCAUGGAGGACCCUGUCUUUAAACUGGACCCUGCGGCCACAGAGGAUGGCAAAGGGAAGAGCCCCUAUGACCCCCGGCAUGUGGCCGCCUCAGUGCUCGUGGGUGAGGAGCUGUACUCUGGGGUGGCCACUGACCUGAUGGGCCGUGACUUCACCAUCUUCCGCAGCCUGGGCCCACGCCCGUCCAUCCGCACUGAGCAGCAUGACUCCCGCUGGCUCAACGAGCCCAAAUUUGUGGAUGUGUUCUGGAUCCCUGAGAGUGAGAAUCCUGAUGAUGACAAGAUCUAUUUCUUCUUCCGGGAGACAGCGGUGGAGAGGCAGCAGGGGCUGGGCAAGUCCAGCUUUGCCCGCAUCGGCCAGAUCUGCAGGAAUGACAUGGGCGGGCAGCGGAGCCUAGUGAACAAGUGGACAACAUUCCUGAAGGCCCGGCUGGUGUGCUCUGUGCCAGGCAGUGAUGGAGGCGACACCUACUUUGAUGAGCUGCGUGACGUCUUCCUGUUGCAGACCAAGGACAAGCGCAACCCCCUGCUUUAUGCCGUCUUUUCCACUUCCAGCUCAGUGUUCAAGGGCUCCGCUGUUUGCCUGUACACCAUGCAUGACAUCCGCAGAGCCUUCCUGGGACCCUUCGCACACAAGGAGGGCCCCAACUACCAGUGGGUGUCCUACCAAAGCCGCGUGCCGUACCCCCGCCCCGGAAUGUGCCCCAGCAAAACCUUUGGCACCUUCAGCUCCACCAAGGAUUUCCCCGACGAUGUGAUCCAGUUUGCUCGCAACCACCCACUCAUGUACAACCCCGUGCUGCCCCAUGGCCAGCGGCCUGUCUUCCUGCAGACCGACGUAGACCACACCUUCACCCGCAUUGCUGUGGACCGGGUGACUGCUGCUGAUGGGCAUUAUGAUGUCCUUUUCAUUGGCACAGAUGUGGGCACAGUGCUGAAGGUGAUCUCUGUGCACAAGGAGAGCUGGCAAAAUAUGGAGGAAUUGCUCCUGGAGGAUCUUCAGGUGUUCAAGGAUUCAUCCCCUGUCACCAGCAUGCAGAUCUCAUCCAAGCGGCAACAGCUCUACCUCGGCUCCAGGACGUCCAUUUCCCAGCUGCCCCUGCACCGCUGCGGGAUCUAUGGGAAAGCCUGCGCAGAGUGCUGCCUGGCCAGAGACCCCUACUGUGCCUGGGAUGGCACCACCUGCACUCGCUACAUGCCCAAUACUAAGAGGCGUUUUCGGCGGCAGGAUGUCAGGAAUGGGGACCCCAACAUGUUAUGCUCAGAAGAUCCUCACCGCAGCAGUGUGCUGGAGAAGAAGCUAUAUGGGGUCGAGGGCAGCAGCACCUUCCUGGAAUGUGUACCCAAGUCCCUGCAGGCCCAGGUGGUGUGGACCUACCAGAAAGCAAGUGACACCCUGAAGAAGGAGGUUCAGCUGGAUGAGCGGGUGGUGAAGACUGACCGAGGGAUCCUUAUCCGUAGUGUCCUGCACAAGGACACUGGGCUGUACCACUGCCAUGCCACAGAGCACGGCUUCACACAGAGCCUGCUGCGUCUGUCAUUGGAGGUGAUUGGUGCACAGCAAGCCGACUCGCUGUCCUAUUCCUGGGAGGAGGAGCCCUCAGAGCCUGCCAGCCGCAAGCUGUGGUACCGGGACUUCCUGCAGCUGGUGGACCACCCCAACCUGAGCACGGUUGACCAGCUUUGCCAGCAGUUGUGGAGCCGCAAGAGCCACCAGCCCAAAAAGAAGCCCCCACUGCCCCCACCCCUGAGUGUCAAGGCCAAAAACCACAAGUGGAAGCACCUGGAGGAGAAGCGCAAAGCCCGCAGCCGGCGGACUCAUGAGGUGCCUCGAGCAGAGAGAGGACCCCGCAGCGCUGCCGUGUGGUGACCCACUGGGGCCAGGAGAGCACAGCCAGACUUCUGUUAGGAGGUGGGGAGGGGGGAGGGGGAGGGGGAGGGCAGGGAGGGGGAGGGGCAGGAGAAUUGAAACCACCGUGCAGAGGAGAUGGCUCCCAUAGAGGUACCGAAACGGCUCCAGUAUACGACCUCCACACAUAGCUAGUAGGGGAGGCAUCAUCAACCAUCCAGUUCAGCUGCUAUUCUCCUGAGCUGGCCAUGGCUGGAGAGGGGCAUAUUCAGCCCUGCAGACAAAGCCCCCAGGGGACUUCCACAGCACACAGCCAAAGAGGGGUUGCCCGGGCCUUGAAAGACCAAAAGAGAUGGGAGAUUGUGUUGUUACCCUGCCCAUCAGGAUGGGAUGAGACGGGGCACCUGGUUUGUCCUUCCAGCCCCGCUGUCUCUGUCAUUGGUAGAUGGGGCCACCAGCUAGUAGAGGCAUCGUGCUCCAACACUCUCUUCCAGGAACUUGCAGCCUGAGUCUGAGCAUGGCCAUGCUUAGCCUGGGUCACUUCAUGUCCCACUGGUCUACUCUGCCAGAGACUCUUUCGGCAUUUGGUGGGCCCUUCCCACUACUUCUUCUAUCCAAGCCCCUCUGGAAUUGGGAACCUCCCAGAGACAGCUGCCAGUGUCCCCAUGCUUGGUGUGGGGCACAGGGGUAUGGAUGUGGGUAGCUGAGCUCCCUGCCCCUUGGGUACAAAACAGAACCACUGAUGUAUUUAUUAAUGGACUGUUGCUGAUGAAUGUAAACCCUCCUUGGGACAUGCUGGCCCCCAAGGGACCACAAGGACAUUCCUGACUGGUAUUUUCUGGGGUGGAAGAGAAGAGCUGUAUAUGGAGAUCUGGGGCUGAGAUGGAGAUCAGAGAGCCACUGGGAAUUUCCCUUUAUGAGAUGUGCCCUUAUAUGGAAUUAGAAGCAGAGUCAUUAGGAAACCUUCCAGCAGGAUGGGCCUGGGGAGCAGUGAGCAAUGACAGGCAGCCAGGUUCCUGAGGGGUAGGACAGGAGUCCUUCUGUGUCCUGAAAGGUGCUGAGUCUGCUCUUCACUGACAGACCCAGGGAGAUCUUAACCAAGGCCCACGUGGAAGCACAUAACUCUCCAUGAACUUGACCAAGGAUCAGCCAUCCCUGAGGGUUGAGUUAAUCAUUCCCAUGGACUGCUGUCUUGCACUUGGGCCUGCUUGGAAAUAAAUUGCUCUGGGAGCCCCUGAUCUGAAAUCACUCCCAGGCCCUGCAGAGAUGGGAUCUGAGUCCAUAUUGGCAAGUCCAGCCCACAGCUAGUAGCAAUGGGAAGUUACCACAGCCCAAUAGCUGGUCCCAGGCCUGCUUUGAAUAGGUGAGUUCUUGAGGGGAUGCAGUACACCACUGCUUUUGACCACCUGGCUGGGUAGAGGACACUUUCCUGGCUGCUUUCUCCCCAGAUAGGUAGGGGCUCAGCUCUGGAGCACACAAGGCAUUUCACCAGCCACGGGCCCAGUGAGCAGACAGCAGGAGUCAGGGACCUAGGUUCUCUUCACAGCUCUGCUCCUGCCCUACUGAGUGCCCUUGCUCCUUCAUUUGUAAUGCAUGAGUGAUGCACUUGGAGAUCAGUAUGUGAAGGCAUAUGCACAAGGAUUAAGAGGUAUUGAAUUCAUGACCAAAAUAAAACCAGAUAAGGAGGCCCCUAAAGCCUGUCCCAGCUUCCAUGUGUGAUGGAGCUCACAGAUCCUCCAGUACCUGUAGGUGAAGCAUGAGAUCAUUGAGAGGGAGCUUUUCUCCACCUGAAAAGCUUAGACUUUUUCCCCAGCUGCCUGUUUUGAGCUCUUCCUCUCCCCAUUUCUCCUUUGCCUGAUCAGAGGGUGUGUUUCAGAGCCAGGACAGCUCCCAGAAAUCCCAGCCAGGAAUCUACUAGAAUUUUUUUAACCUUUUGGGGAUGAUGAGAUUGAACCCGGUUUGGUGCCAAACAGCCGAGAGGUGAUGAUAGCACCCCUUAGAUCCACUGCGACUAACUGUAGUGACACAUUCCCUCGGAGCUGUACAUGUGGCUCAUCUGGAAGGCAGCAAGAUGGGAGGAAGACGUAGAAGAGCAAGUGUGAAGAAAGUGAAGGAAGGCUGCUGCUCCAGGUAGGAUGUGUGAGUGCAGCCCUGGCAGCCCGUGCUCAGCUCCAUGGACACAGUUAGGGCAUGAAAGGGGAGCGGGACAGACAGAACUGGACACCCCAGCGGGCUUGUACUAAAUUAACACAAUAAAAGCAGUUGAUUAAUCCACA